AUGGGAGAUGCCAUGCACCAUGUUUCUACAGAUAAUAUGAACGAUCGUAAAGAGCAGACUAAAGAUGGACCUAAUUCGGAAAGUAUUCAAAGUGCAUUGGAAAAUGAUCGAGAGCAAGAUUUACAAAUCAAUAUCGGGGAGGAAGAUAUAGAAAAAGGCCAUUUGGAAGAGCCCUUACUGCCGAACAAGUCCCUUGAGGGAAAUCAAUUGGAUACAGAGAAGAAAGAGGAGCAGGAGAAAGAGGAGCAGGAGAAAGAGGAGAAGAAAGAGGAGCAGGAGGAGAAGGAGGAGGAGCAGGAGAAAGAGGAGCAGAAGGAGGAGCAGAAGGAGAAGAAAGAGGAGCAGGAGGAGCAGGAGGAGCAGGAGGAUAAGGAGGAAGAAGAGGAUAAGGAGAAAUCUAAGAGCGCUCUCAAUGAAGACAUUUCAGAAGAUUUGCACCAUAGUCUGGAACCAAAAAAUGAAUUCACUGGAGAUGAAAAAGCCAAAAACACAAUACUUGAAGAAGUGGCUGUGAAUAUGCAAGAGACGAAAGCUUUUAUUAGCAGUAAUGCUAAUGCAUCUGAAGAAACGACUAAUACCAAUAAUGAAGCCAUUACUGACAAGGAGAAAACCGAAGCAGGAGACUUAUCAAGUGAUGAUGAUGAUAAUGAUGAUAAUGAUGAUGAUAAUGACGAUGACGAUGAUGAUAAUUCCUCAAGCAGUUCCGACGAGAGCGAUGAGGAAGAUAUUUCUGAUUCCGUUUCACAAGAAAAGGAGACACAACUUGAAGCAAACGCUGCCAUUGACAUUGACAAUGACGAAGAUGACGCCAUUGAUGGUCCUAUCAAGUCAGUAAACGAAGUUGAGGAAAAGGCUCUUUCUUUGCCAGAUGACUACAAGAUUCCAGAAAAUGCACCAAUUGAACGAAUUGGUGAGAUCACUGGAAUUGUAGAAAACUCAAUUAUAAUAAAAGCAAAGACUUCAGGGGAGUUUCGGAUACUUAAGGAGGGCUCUAUUUUUUGCUUUGAAGAUAGACAGCCGAUUGGUCCAUUGUUUGAAAUAUUUGGCAGAGUUCAACUGCCAGUUUACAGCAUCAAGUUUUCUACUAAAGAGGAAACAGAAAAGUUUAAAGAUUGUAAGGGCAAAACUGUGUGUUAUGUUGUAACUGACUCACAGUUCUUAUACACUGAUACAAUUAAACACGUCAAGGGAACUGAUGCAAGUAAUUGCUAUGACGAAGAACUAUUGGAGGAGGAGCAAGAGUUUUCCGACGACGAAAGCGAGUUAGCAGCAAAGCAAGCAAGGAAAAAGAAAAGGAAGAAUAAAGAUGUCACGAACCUCAAAAAGAAAGAAGAAAAUAGGCCCAUUAAAAGACAACAUGUUCUGUCCUAUAGCCCAAUGCAUAACUCGAAUCUGUCAAGAUCAAAUCCGGCAAGUUACGAGCGUACUCAAUACUCAAACUAUGCAUCUAACCAACAGCUUAAUCAGUACCCACAAAAUUCCAAUCUUCAGUAUGAUUAUCCUUACCAGCCGCAAUUUAGCACCAACCAUGCUUACCAACAACCUCCAUACAACGCCUCUAGCUUUAAUCAGCCCAGUGCAUACAUCACUCCGUAUUAUCAACAAUCAGGAAUCGCACCAUCAAUGAAUCAGUCACCACCAUCAAUGAAUCAGUCACCACCUCAGUAUAAUCAGUUAUACCAGCAGCCAAAUCAAAAUGUAAACAGUGCUCAGUUGGCACAUUUACAAAACUUGCUUAUGCAACAACUACAAAGAAAUCAACAAUGCAACAAUCCGAACAAUGACUACCACCCGGACAACAAGCAAUAA